AAAGAGGAGUCCCCAACUCAGUAUCAGCACAGGACAGUCGGAGUGCUGAAGCUUCUGGAUUCUGCAGUCUCAGCGUCUACAAAGCCUCCCCUCAGCCCACACCAUGAAGCUCUGCGUGGCCGCCCUCUCUCUGCUUGUGCUGCUGGCUGACUUCUGCUCUCCGGGCCUCACCGCACCGAUGGGCUCAGACCCUCCGACUGCCUGCUGCUUCUCCUACACCCUGCGGAAGCUUCCUCGGAACUUUGUGAUGGAUUACUACGAGACCAGCAGCCUCUGCUCUAAGCCAGCUGUGGUGUUCCAAACCAGAAGGGGCAAGCAAAUCUGUGCCAACCCCAGUGACCCCUGGGUCCAGGAGUACGUGGAUGACCUGGAGCUGAACUGAGCCCGCCGAGAGCAGCGCGUCUCCGAAGAAGGACACGCAAGCCCGGGCAUCGCUCUGUGAGCCACAUCCUCUCCACACUCAGGAUUCCUCUCAGCAUGCCCUAUUCGUUCUCUUAAGUCAAGCCUCAUUCUGUGUUAUUGUAUUUGGCGACAUUGAGAUUAUUUAUGUCUGUUUUACUGACUCCCACGUGUCCCCCAUGGGGAUGGUCCACCACUACGCUUUCUCUGCUCCUGCAGGUACCUCAGUCCUGUCGAUGGACUCCAUGUGUUUGCAUAAAGACCAAACAAAUAAAAUUUUGUAACAAUUGUGA